AUGGUGAUGCAGUAUUUCAACCAGAUGAAGGACCGCCGGCGGUCGCAAGCUGCCCCGACUCCGAAGCCUAUUCUCACCGAAGACGACGAAGCCUACCUAUGCAAAGUCGUUUCCCAACAAGAGCAGAACCUCGAAGCCCCUGAGAACCCAAAUGCAAUGGAUUCAGAGCGCGUACAACAACCGGCCCGGAAAGAUAGUACGCAGGACAUUGCCCCCCCUGCAUCACCUGUGGAGGAAUUUGGAAAAGAAUUGGGAGAGCAGGGAAGAAGAGCGAGCCAACUGGAGAGUCUGCAGUCUACACCAGAGACUAUCAAACAGCAAGCUACAGCAGAGCCAGAGAAAAAGAAGAAGCGAUGGAGCAGCAUGUUCUGGAGAUCUUGUACCUCCGAUGGGGAAGAUAGCCAGAAGGAUCAGAAGGAUAUGACGGACAUUCUUGAGAGAUUGAAUUUGGCUGCAGACAACAACCGAGUCUUCUCUGUCAGUGAUGAAACCCAGGAGCUAUUGCGGAAAUUCAAAUUGAUCUUCAAGGAUCUGGUAAAUGGCGUGCCGACGGCAUACCAUGACCUGGAGAUGCUCUUGACAAAUGGCAAUCGUCAACUGCAAGAUACAUACACUAAAUUACCCAGUUUCAUGCAAAAGCUUAUUGAAAAACUUCCCGAGAAGUGGACGGAGACUCUCGCGCCUGAAAUGCUAGCCGUGGCUAGUGAACGAGCUAGCUCAAGUGGGAUCAACAUGGAGCAAGUGGGCAAAGCUGCUGCAGCCGCCGAAAAGAUGGGGAUCAACGUUCCGAGUCUCAAAGAGCUUGUCACCAAGCCUGCUGCCAUCGUGGGCAUGCUCCGAUCAAUCAUGGCCUUCUUGCGGGCUCGUUUCCCGGCUGUACUGGGUAUGAACGUACUAUGGUCCUUGGCCUUGUUCAUACUUCUUUUCGUCAUGUGGUACUGCCAUAAGCGUGGUCGUGAAGUUCGCCUUGAGAACGAACGACUAGUGACCGAAGAAGAAAUUAAGAAGAUGAAUGAAGAGUUCGCCGAGGGUAAAAUCCGCCCAACGGAGACACUGACGACUACUGCGCCUCAAGGUGCCUCGUCCGAAGAAAUACGGGAGGGAGUGAAGAAUGUAGAACGAGCCCGAGCCUCUUCAGCAUUGGAUGCUGCUGCGACCGAAGCGUCCAGUAGUACUGAUUUUCCUGUCAACGGGAGCACUGCUGCGAAUCCUGAGGAUACUGCUGCCGCCGAGCUGCCGCUGCCGAGCGGCAACAACGAGAAUGCGCGACCACCAACACUUCCAAGUCGAACUAAAUCGCGUUUAUCUUUUUUUGGUCGAACCAAAACAGAGCCUCAAUCAACCAACGGCAUUUCUCCUUACCCUGGGACCUGA